AUGGAGCUCGCCAAGGCUUGCCCGAUCGAGCUUGCGCCUCGUCUCGAGUGGGAAGCCAAGAUCUACCAUCGCCUGCGUCCUAUACAGGGCACGCAUGUGCCGGUGCAUCUAGGCAACAUUGACCUAGAGGUUCCGUACUACUACGAGGGGAUCUGUGAGCUGAAGCACAUGAUGUUCCUCAGCUACGGAGGCAAGCGCAUGGACAAGCAUCUGGCAGCAGACGGCAAGUUGUUUGUUUCACAGCAGACGGAGGCAUCAGUGCAAGCUGUUCGUUUACUCGGAGUACUGCACACCGACCUUGCAAAACGGAACAUGCUGUGGGAGGACCGGACACGCCGAAUGAUGGUGAUCGACUUCGAGCGGGCAAAGAUGGUGGAACCGCGAAGGCCGCUGGGCGCUGUCUCAGCCAACGCGAAGAGGAAGGGUGUCUUUGGUGAUGAAGAUGGCAGACUUGCACCGGAGCGACAUGGGGCACUUUGUGAGCUGACGUCGUUUGGCUGA